AUGGAUAAUUUUUGUUCAACGAAUGACGUUGCUGUAUUUCACUUAGAUUUCUCAAAAAGCCUUCCAUGUCCAAAGGUCUCCACUCAAGACUGGCACUUUCGCAGUAAAUUACAUCUGAGAUGUCUUGGAGUGGACGUUGCUAAGACAAGAACUUUUCAUUGUUUUCUUUGGGAUGAAAUGAACGGAGGUAAAGGUCCAAAUGAAAUCAUCUCUGCAUUCCAAAGCCUUCUCGUGCAACAGAAUAUAACCUCACGGCAUGCUAUUUUGAGUUCGGAUAACCAUCCAGGUGAAUGUUUAAACAAUAAAUUUAUGUGGUAUCUUCAGAGUUUAAAUGACCAGGGAACUUUCCAGCGAAUAGAUUAUAAAACGCUGUUAGAGGGACAUUCAUACAGCUUUGCAGAUCGUCACUUUGGGCUGAUUGAAAAGAAUUCACGGAAACACGAUGUCAUAGAGCUUCCUACAGAUUGGUUAAAUGUGAUAGAACAGUCGUCAUUUGCGGGCCACUAUAAAGCCAAACUGUUGACAAUUGAUGACAUUUAUGAUUAUUCUUCAUACUUAAAAAAUGAGUUUACAUACAGGUACAAAGAUGUCAACGGAAUCAAAUUUUCGUUUGACGAGGCUCACUAUUUUAAUUUUGGAAUUGGUGAACGAUUAAUUGAUGGUACUGUCAAAACAUUUUCUCAUCCGGAAACAGCCUGGGUGCGUAAGACUCUUGAUCCGAAAGAAACUCCGAUUGUUGUGUCGUUCAGGAAAAUUAAGCAAAUGACAAGAAUAACAGAUUGUCAUUUACAUACUCUUAGUAGAGAAUUAAAACCAUUGCCUGGAAAGGUGUUUCAAGACGUGAAUGAAUUGGCGAUAAAAUAUUUAUCCCCACGCGCACAAGAAUGGUAUCAGGCUUUGCCAAAAGUCACGGAAUCGUAA